CUACAUUACGUUGCAAGCAUGGCGCCAGCGAACGUUCGUCUGAACCCUGUUGGCAUCAUUAUUGUUGUAGCAUUAGGACUGUGUAUCUUUUUUUACAUAUUUGGCCUGCCGCAACUUUCCAGCGAUGAGAGGGUUAGCAUGAGAGAACUAUUGUCUGUCAGUGUAGAUCUUGCACAGAGAGGUGGAGAAAGAGUUCGGCAGAUCGCCAAAGAGCACAAUCUACAAGCAAAGGAAAAAGGCAAAACGAAGGAGGGAGCGUCUGAGAUGUUGACGGACGGAGACUUAGAAUCGCACAGGGCUAUCGUUUAUGGUUUUUCAAAGACGUUUCCUGGAAUACGGGUGAUAUCAGAGGAGCAUGAGACAAAACCAGUAGACCUACGAAACAUUCCUGAGACAAACAAAAAUUUGGAAGAGGUGCUGAAAUAUGUGUCCAAUGAUCAGCUGAUUCCAAAGAGCAAGAUUGCAGUUUGGAUUGACCCUUUGGAUGCCACACAAGAAUACACAGAGGGCUUAUAUGACUAUGUUACCACUAUGGUAUGUGUUGUGGUCAAUGGGGAGCCCACCAUUGGGGUCAUUCACAAACCAUUUUCAGGAGAGACAGUUUGGGCAUGGGUGGACUAUGGUCACUCACCCAGCUUGAAGAAAGCAUCUGAGGUGAAACCUGAUGAAGAACAUCGCAAGAUCAUUGUAUCACGUUCUCAUGCUGGGCCUGUUGAAACUGUUGCUAAGAAAUCUUUUGGUGAAGGUACACAGGUAGUGCCUGCAGGAGGAGCAGGUUAUAAAACCCUUGAAGUAAUCAAAGGAAAUGUGGAGGCAUAUGUGCAUGUAACACUCAUCAAGAAAUGGGACAUCUGUGCUGGCCAUGCCAUUCUCAAGGCUGUGUCAGGGAAGAUGACAACGUUGCAAGGACACUUUAUCACUUAUUUGCCUGAUGAUGAUCCCCAGAACAAGAAUGGUCUUCUGGCCACCAUUUAUAAUCAUUAUGAUUAUCUCGAGAAGCUGGCACCAGAGAUGGACACAUUAACUAGCAAGCAUUCAUAACAUUGGGAUAUAAAAAAAGAAACUUAGUAGCAUGAAUGAGAAGUGAUAACAGGGCUGGCACAGGUGUGCAGGAGCCAAGGCUUUAUGUACUGUUUUCUAGCAUGGGUUAAGAUUGAGAGGAUACUUGCAAGUAAAAACUAGAAGAGAAUAACAGUCUGAUGAUACCUACUGGUACUGUUAUUUGUUCCUUUUCGUGUAUUUUUGUGCCUUCAUUGGAUGGAAAGUUGGUUUUGUUUCCAUAUUUGGUUUUUCUUUAAAAGUGUCUGCACUUUUGACUAUAAAAGGACCAAAGGUGAGUAAGAGAACAAUUUAUGUUCAGUUGAAAGUUAUUAAAAUACAUUGUGCCAUUUUUUUCUUUUUAUAACUGAUACACAUUAGGUAUCAUUAAUGGAGGUGCAAUAUGUUUGAUGAAAAAAUCCAAACUUUUAUCAAUAUUUGUAAUUUUUGUUAUUUGGUUGCAUAUAAAAAUUUUGCUAGGGUUAAUUUUUUUUUUAACAACUGGUGAUUGUCACAUUACAGGAAUGUUGGUAACUACUAGGUAAUUGCUUGCGCAGGGGGAGAAAAUCUGCUCAUAUGCAGUUAUGUAUAUAAUACAUCUUUGUUUCCUUCCUUUGGUAUUUAUAGUUAAUUUGAUAUAGAAUCAUUGUGUGACUAGACUUGUGUGUCUGUAAUGCUGGGAUGUGAGGAUUUUUUAAUUUUACCUCUAAUAGGCAAGUAUUUUGUAAGAUCUAAGGGUCUGUGAUUAGCUGAAAGGUAUGAUGCCAUUGUUUAGUCUUUAUUUAUAUGAAAGUAAAUUGACUUUCAGUCAAUGUUUUGUCUUUUGUAUUGCUAUCUUUAAUGAGUAACCUAUGUUUUUAUGUGAUAUUUCACAUUUAACACAUUUUGAACAUAUCAAAAUUUAAAACAUUUUACACAAAGGAAAAGAUUUUAAUAUAUUGGCUUUAAAUGACAUGCAAAGCAUACUUUACAAAACUGCAACUGAGAAAAGUAAAGAAAUGGAGGUUAUGCUGUCUACCUUGGUCAUAACUAGAUUUAUAUUACUGUUGUAUGUUUAUAUGUUGUUCAUGGCAUCAUAUUAAGGAAAAUUCGUGAGUUUACAACUUACAGAUAUAUGUAAUAUUCAAAAGCACACACAUAGCUAUUGAUAUCAAAAACAUUUGCGCAUACUCAUAACAUUUGUGGGAAUAUAAUUUUGCACACAAAUACUUGUAGUAGAUUAGUCUUUAUUAUCCGCUUCUGAAACGGUAUUAAGAAUAUUUAAGUAAAAAGAAAAUGGUAUUUUGUUUUUUGUAAGGUUUCAUUGAUGCAUGCAUUUUCAUCCAUUAAUUUCAGCUGCUGAUAUUGUUAAUACAUGGAAACUGGAUUAUAAAAUGUUAUUUGUGUAAGUCACAUUACUACAUUUAGACAAACAAUUUUGGUGUCGACCCAAGGUAUUUUGUAGAUUCUUUUCAGUGGAUACAACGUGAAGGUUUUUUUUUUUUUUUUAAUGUUGCAUGCAUUUUAGAUUGCUGUAAACUGAAACCAAUUAUUGUCUAAGGCAUGCUUACAAGUGCAUUGUUGCGGAAGCCAGAGUUAAAAAAGAAAUUGAGCCUUGUUAUAUCAUCACUAAUUUGCUAUUUUUUGGAACACAUUCAGGUAGUUAUACAAAGAUUAAAGAUUUGUGUUUUAAUUCUUGCUGUUGAAAAAGUACCCCUCCUAAAUUAUUUUGGGUUUCCUGAAAAUAGCAAUAGUUGGCAUCGCAUCCAGAUUAGAAAGUUGAAAUAAACCCACAUUUCCCUCUUGUAGUAUAAUAAAGAGCUUAACACUAAUGCAGCUUAUUAUAUGGGUAGGUUUGUUUUUUUAAAAGAUUGGAAUAAGUAUAUUGUUUGUCAUUGUUAGCUCAUUUAAAAUGGCAGUAACAUAUUUGUGGUCACUUUAAACCACAUUACCAGCACAUGCUUUUCUUGCAUGAACAUCAUUUAGAGUCAAUGUGUUGACGUUACAUGUCAAGAUCGACUGAUUUACUAAUGUGAAUAGGAAAAACAAUAUGGUUUGGAUGGGACUUUUAGUGUAACUUAGCACAAAAUGUGGGGGAUGAGUGCUUUGACUCAGUAUGAGAAUAUAGGAGAGCCAUCAAAAUGUACAGCAGAAGUGGACAUCCAGUAGGAACAAAGUAGAUACCAUGUCCAAUGUUUGUUACCUUCUUUCCACAAUAAGUUUUAGCCAGAUGGUCUGCUUGUGUAAGCAGAAACACGUGGGACUUCCUGUGGUGUUUUAAAAAUAAAAUGGAAAAUUUCUCA